AAGAUGACGGCGGAGCCGGGCGGCCCGGGCUCGGGCUCGGUGUCGAUGGUGGGCGACCCCCAACACGCCAACAAGCUGCUGCUCAGCCUGCGCUCCUUCCGCCUGGACCCGCUCUACUGCGACGCUGUGCUGGUGGUGGGCGGCGAGGAGAUCCCCGUCCAGAAGAACCUGCUGGCGGCCGUCAGCCCCUACGUCAGAACUAAAUUGAAUUACACCCCUCCGACUGACGAUGGUUCAGUAUACAAAAUUGUCCUGGAUGGGAUUUCUUUUGCUGUUAUGCAGGAAUUAUUGGAUUAUAUGUUUACUGGUCAGAUUAAGCUAAGUGAAGAUACUAUUCAGGAUAUUGUACAAGCUGCAGAUCUCCUCCUGCUCACUGACUUGAAAGCCCUCUGCUGUGAGUUCCUAGAAGGCUGCAUUGCGCCCGAGAACUGUAUCGGCAUACGUGACUUUGCCUUGCACUAUUCCUUGCAGCAUGUGCACUACGUAGCUACGGAGUAUUUGGAGACACACUUCCGUGAUGUCUCCCAUACCGACGAGUUUACGGAGCUAAGCCACGAAAAAGUGAAAGAAAUUAUCGCAUUGGAAAAGUUGAAUGUGGGCAAUGAAAGGUACAUCUUUGAAGCAGUGGUGAAAUGGAUUUGCUAUGACGAGGCAGUUCGAAAGGUUCACAUGAAAGAUGUAAUGUCUGUGGUUUGGGUAAAUGGCCUGGAACCAAGUUAUCUGAGAGAGCGGAUGCUGAAUGAGCCGUUGGUGCGAGAAAUUGUCAAAGAAUGCAGCAAUAUUCCUCUUAGUCAGAGAGAAGGCGAGGCCCAGCUAGCCACCUUCAAACCGAGAGGCUAUUCAGAGUGUAUAGUGACUGUGGGUGGAGAGGAAAGAAGCUCACGGAAACCCACAGCUGUGAUGCGAUGCAUGUGUCCAUUAUAUGACCGUAACCGACAACUUUGGAUAGAUUUGGCCCCGAUGAGUGUUGCUCGAAUUAAUCAUGGAUUAGUGGCAGCAGAGGGGUUCCUUUUUGUAUUGGGUGGACAGGAUUCAGAGAAAGUGUCUUUGAGUUCAGGAGAAAAGUAUGACUCAGACACUAACUGCUGGAGUCCCAUUCCUACAAUGAAUACGGCAAGACACAAUUUUGGAAUUGUGGCAAUCGAUGGAGUUCUUUAUGUUCUGGGAGGUGAAGAUGGUGAAAAAGAACUGCUCUCCAUGGAGGCCUACGAUAUUCAUACUAAAACCUGGACAAAGCAACCCAAUAUGACAAUGAUUCGAAAGAUUGGCUGCUAUGCAGCUAUGAAGAAAAAGAUUUUCGCAAUGGGUGGUGGUUCAUAUGGAAAAUUAUUUGAGUCUGUUGAAUCUUAUGAUCCCAAGACCCAGCAGUGGACUGCAAUCUGCCCAUUGAAAGAGAAGAGGUUUGGUGCAGUGGCUUGUGGAGUUGGCUUGGAGCUGUAUGUUUUUGGUGGGGUCCGCAGUCGAGAUGGAGACACUGUAGAGAGCAGUGAAAUGGUGACCUGCAAGUCUGAAUUUUACCACGAUCAGUUCAAAAGGUGGAUAUAUCUGAAUGACCAAUCGCUGUGCAUUCCAACAAGCUCUUCAUUUGUGUAUGGCGCGGUACAUAUUGGUGCUAGCAUUUAUGUUAUUGGUGACCUAGACACAGGCACACAGUAUGACUUUGUUCGAGAAUUUCGCCGAAGCACAGGAACCUGGCACCACACCAAGCCACUACUCCCUUCAGACCUCCGGCGAACAGGCUGCGCUGCUCUGCGGAUUGCAAACUGUAAGCUCUUCAGGCUACAGUUACAGCAAGGUCUCUUUCGUAUACGCGUCCCCUCAGCUGGCUCAAAUGCUUAAGGCGAAGGGGUUAACGCUCAGGCAUAUCAAGAAAAAUAGGAUUUAAAACACCAAUAGCUCAAAGUGGCUACUAGCAGAGAGGCUAUUUAACGAUCUUAGAAACGUCUCCAUCCAGCUUGCAUGAACCUUGGGACACCGAGGAUAAUUUAAAAACUGUUUGAAGUGGACCUCCAAAUGACUCAAACUACUGAUGAGACAGAGAAAGUCUUCACUGAGGAAGCUUUGCUUUGAGAAACAACUCCUGAGUUGAGCAAGAAAAGGAAAGUGGCGAGUUCCACUAAAACUCGAAAGCUGUUUGAGAGCCUGUUUCAGAGCAGGAUAAGAUUACAUAUAUUAAGAUCGCAUAUGUUAAUAUAACUGCUGAAUUUUAAAAUCAUAUCCAGGCUCAACGUAGAUGAUUAUCUGAGGACGGGAAAUAAAUGAUGCAUCUGUCAUAGGAAGUUAUAGGAUGAAUAUGGUCUAAGUCUUCUUGUAACAUCCUGAACCAUAGAGCAAUUUGUGUUAUCUGAAC